AUGCGGUUUCUGAACCCGUUCAAAAAGUAUGAUUUGGAGAACUUCUCCGGCGUCGUCGUCCCACUUAAGGAUGCACCCCGUCACCCGAGCGUUGUCGCCGAGAACAAUCGGCGCCUGUCAGCCGCGUCGACGGUAGGAACCCGUGAAGGCGCGGCUGAGAAGAAGGUCGGCGAAACCAGCGGUGAUCUGACCAUCGAGUCACUCCGUGAAGAGGUCAAUGCAGACAUCGCCGCCUCUGGGCACGAUUCGGCCUACGACCGGAAGUCCAAAGUCAUCAACAAGGCCAUCGCCGAUGUUGGCAUGGGCACCUAUCAAUGGCAACUCUUCGUCCUCUGCGGCUUCGGCUGGCUUGCAGACAAUCUUUGGCUACAGGACGUUGCCCUGACGUUGCCCUCGUUGUCUGCCGAGUACGGUGUCAGCGAGAGCAAUGUCAGAUACACCACCCUGGCUCUCUUCACCGGUCUGUGCAUCGGCGCCGUGUUUUGGGGCGUGAUUUCGGACAUCAUCGGCAGACGCCUGGCCUUUAAUUGCACUCUGCUGAUAACGUCCAUCUUUGGCACCGCCGUAGGAGGCGCCACCACUUGGAUCCAGGCCUGUGCAUUGUUCGCGGCAUUGGGCUGCGGAGUUGGCGGCAAUCUACCAGUAGACGGAGCGCUCUUCCUCGAAUUUUUGCCCUUUGUGCGUGGCAACAUGUUGACCAUGUUGUCGGUGUUCUGGCCUUUUGGACAGUUGCUCGGCAGUCUAGCCGCGUGGGGUUUCCUGCCCAACUUUUCGUGCGAUGAGUCUUUACCAGCUUGUGGUGCCGUUUCCGGAGGCGAAGCCUGCUGUACCAAAGACAGCAACAUGGGAUGGCGGUAUCUCAACUAUACAAUGGGUUGCUUCACAUUCUUCAUGUUCAUCUGCCGAUUCUUUCUUUUCCAUCUCUUCGAGUCACCGAAGUUCCUCCUCAGCAGAGGUCGACAGAAAGAAGCAGUGACGGUCGUGCACGCCAUCGCAUAUUACAACGGCGCAAAGACCUGGCUCACGGAGGAUAUUCUGAACCAAAUCGGCGGUCGGCCAGAGGAGACGCCCGACAUGAAAUUGUCCAAUAUGGAAAUCAUUCGGCGACAGGCCGAUAAGUUUUCCACGCAGCGGAUCAAGCCCAUCUUUGCGCAAAGGCGGCUUGCCAUCAAUACGUGCCUCCUUUGGUUCAUGUGGGCUACCAUCGGCAUGGGCUAUCCGCUAUUCAAUGCCUUCCUUCCACAAUACCUGAUUAGUGUCGACCCCGAUGCGCCACCCACACCUCCCAGCAUCGUUUAUCGAAACUACGCCAUCCAGUCCAUCGUCGGAUGUCCUGGGAGCGUCAUCGCCUGUUACCUCGUCGACGUCAAGUAUCUCGGCCGCAAGGGGACGAUGGCGAUUGCAACGCUGUUGACGGGGAUUUUUCUGUUUCUCUUCACCAGUUCGACUGACGCCAGCUUUCAACUCGCCUUCAACUGCUUGGUGGCAUUCUUUCAGAACAUCAUGUACGGCGUGCUCUACGCCUAUACUCCUGAAACAUUCCCCGCUCCCAACCGCGGGACAGGCACCGGGAUCGCCUCGUUCUUCAAUCGCAUCGCCGGUCUCUGUGCACCAAUUGUCGCCAUUCACGGAUCCUCUGCAAACCCCAAGAUUCCCAUCUACGUUUCCGGCGCGCUCAUGCUGUCCGCUUUUAUCGCUAUGGUGUGUCUGCCGAUCGAGACGAGGGGAAGGCAAAGCUUGUGA